AUGGAGUCCAGAGGGAAGUCAGCCAGCAGCCCCAAGCCCGAAACCAAGGUGCCCCAGACCACUGCCGAGGCCAAGUUCUCCCCGGCUCCUGAUGGGAAACCCCCCUCAACCAAGCCUGCGAAAAAGGAGGCCCCAGCAGAGAAACAAGAGCAGAUGGCAGCCCCCAAGAAGACCACAGCCAAGGCAGACCCCGCCCUUCUCAACAACCACAGCAACCUGAAACCUGCCCCCACGGCCCCCACAGGGGGCACUGGCAGUCCUGAUGCAACCCCAGAGCCCAAGGGUCCUGGGGAUGGAGCAGAAGAGAAUGAGGCUGUCAACGGGGGCCCUGGGGGUGCUGGGGGCCGAGGUCCCUGGCCAUGUGAGAACUUGAACCUUCUACUGGUGGCUGGCGGGGUGGCUGUGGCAGCCAUAGCCCUGAUUCUUGGUGUGGCCUUCCUGACCCGGAAAAAAUAA